CGCAAUUUGGUUUGGCCUCUACGGAGGCCCGUAGCCGGUUCCCAAGAUGGCGACUACUCUAGAUGUCCACGUCCGGAUGUGUAACCAAGAGAUUGUCAUAUUCGACUUGGAGGUUAAAGCGUUUAUCCAGGAUAUCCGGGAUUGCUCAGGACCAUUGAGCACACUUACAGAGCUAAAUGCCAAAGUGAAAGAGAAGUUUCACCACUUACGGCUUAGAAUACAGGAGCUCGAACAGAUGGCUAAAGAACAGGAUAAAGAAUCAGAAAAACAAGCUUUGCUCCAGGAAGUUGAGAAUCACAAAAAGCAGAUGCUCAGCAAUCAGACUGCAUGGAGGAAAGCAAAUCUUGCUUGUAAAAUUGCAAUUGACAAUUUAGAAAAAGCAGAACUUCUUCAAGGUGGUGACAUGAGGCAGAGAAAAACUACUAAGGAGACCCUGGCACAGACUUCCAGCAGCAUCACAGAAAGCUUGAUGGGCAUCAGCAGAAUGAUGUCCCAGCAGGUUCGCCAAAGUGAGGAAGCCAUGCAAAUUUUAGCAAAUUCUUCUCGAACUAUCCUGGAUGCGAAUGAAGAAUUUAAGUCUAUGUCAGGAACUAUCCAGUUGGGACGAAAGCUCAUCACAAAAUACAACCGCAGAGAACUGACAGACAAGCUGCUUAUUUUUCUUGCUCUCGCUCUCUUUCUAGCUACUGUUCUUUAUAUCCUAAAAAAGAGGCUUUUCCCAUUUUUGUAAGAUUUACAAGAGCAUCUUUCCUUUUGACAACCAGUUACGAAUCUGCUGUUCCUCUGAGUUCAGCCAGUGCUGCCGCUCAGACCAAGGAUGUCAGGUUUGUUUAUUCAGAUUGUUGAGUGUCUCAAAUGGAAAUGCCAUGGAUUUUGCCAGCAUUCUUUCAUAAGGGGCAGAGAGAAGAUUGGAAGGAAAACAUUUGCUUGGGAAGCUUACAGAGAUAUUGAAAUUCUAAGAUCCCCAGACCCAUGAUCUGCUAUGACUAGGCAGUUUAUGAGUACUUGAUAUAUGUUCUGGGGCUUUCUUUGUGUACUUGACAGACAUCUCUACUUUCUUCCCUCUCCUCCUCCCACCUAGAAUGCCUUGAGUUCUAGAAUGAAGAGAACUUAAAGGAAAGAAAGAUGAGAUUGGAAGAAAGACCAUAGAUUUUUAUCCAUUACUACUUAUUAAAUUUGAUAGUAUUAUUAGAACAAAAUGCAAUCUUAUUGUAUAAAAUGUCACUCUGGGACUAUACAAACUAUUUGUCUUGAUGCUGCAAUUCUUCUAAGUUGGCUUCAUGAACUAAAGGUUCCUUCUUAAAGUUGCCAUGAUGAGUGGUAUACCAGACUAGGCUAGGCCAGAGUUAUGUAGAACAGGUUAGUAGUCUGUCCCACUCUGUAAACUCAUCAUCUGAAAGGGCCAGAGCUAAGUAUAAUCAAGGAGAGCAAGAUGGGGCUAGUAAGUCACCGAAUAUUCAAGUCCUGUCUGGUCCUGAGUUCCAUAAGAGCCAGUGGAGUGGGAGCUGGGUGAGAACAGGCCUGAAGGUGACAAAGUCUUGUCCUACAGAUCUGGCUGGCCUUUUACUCCCUGGUUCUCUCAGUACCACCCUUGCUGACUAUUUAUAGCCUCCAGCUCAAGAGGGAGGCUGAAUGGAACCUGCACAUCUCCCCCGACUCCACUGCUGCCAUCUAUAGGGCUGCCUGGCACCUGUAGCAUCUCAAAGUAAAAAUAGCCAACAGGGGGCUCAGGAGCAGGCGAGGCCAGAGCAGCAAGAGCACUGCACAAGUCUGUAAAGUAAACAAAAUAGAGCACAAUUUUGGUAUGAGGGGUUACAAGGCAUUGUUUGAAGAAGCUAUGGGAAAAUGGUGUUUCUGGAAACCUGGACAAAAACUGAACUGCUAUAUAAAUAGAAGUCAUUAGACCCAGUUAUCAAACCACAUGUAGCUUCUUUGGUAAAGUUUGUAAGAUCAUUAUUGAUAAAAUCUGCUUUUGGCUCCAUAAGCCACACAGGAUCAAUUAUGAGGGUUACUACGUUUCAGUCAAUUAUUCAUUCAUUAUGUAUUAGUGAGAGAGAGAGAACUAUUUCUAGAGAAUACACACACACACACACACACACACACACACAUAGGCAUAUGUUGCUAACACAUACACACACACACACAUCUAUGUACAUAUACACCUGACAGCCUUGCUGUUUAGGCUCAUAGAAGUGGCUGAACUCAGGAACAGAGUAUCCCUAAGUGGUUGUCAAAAGGAAAAAGAUACUUCUAAAUUUUACAAAAAUGGGGAAAAGGUAUAUGUGUAAAUCUACAUGAUAGACUAUGUAUAUAUGUAUAUGCAUGUACAUAUGUAUAUGUAUAUUUACACACACCUUUCAUACUUGACAGUAAACGACAUAAAGGUGAUUGGUUUCUGCAUAAUAGUAAUUUUAAAAAAUGACUGAAUGAGACAUAAUACUUAAUCCUCCACAGUAUGUAUGUAUAUAUGUAAUAUGUUCUCAGAUAUAUUCUCCACUAAAAUCUUACUGAAUCAUGGCAUGGAAUGACCUGGGCCAUACCAAGGGGACACAAGCUUUCGUACCAAACUGGAAAGGCUUCACUAAAUGGAGAGACAUAUCACAAGGAGGUUGACCAACAGAUAGUGAAUUUUCCUUCCAACCACAGCAACUCCUUAAGGUCUACUGAGGCACGGAGGAAUUGUGAUGCAUAUAUGUUGCUUAAGAGCUCCCUCUGUCCAAUAUUGGUGAAGUCACAGAUUCCUUGGAGAAAUCACUUGAACUUUUUGAGCCAUAGUUUAUUCAUCUGUGAAAUGAGGAUGAUUACAUUUGUACUUUCUACCUCACUACAAGGUAGCUAUGAGAAAUGAGAAUUACCUUCAAGUCCUAUGAGAGCACUUAUUCUUGAAGUGUGUGUACAUAUACAUACAUGGUUUCAGUUUUGUUUUUCUUGUUUUCAAAAUGGGAGAGGAAGUGAGAUGAAGAGAAUAUGUGUUUGUUAACUGAAAUAAAAGAAAAGUUUUAAAAUAAUGUACACAUAACAGUAAUAUACCUAAUUUAGACAUAUAACAUACACAUAAUUUUAAGCUUAGAAUUAAAGUAUAGAUGGAGAAUUCUAAGUCCAACUCCUAUCAUAAAUGUAGCAGAAAGACAUCAAAUAAGCACUUUGUAUUCUUAAAAGUUUUCUUCCCUACUUAACUGUUGUUAUUAUACUAGAAAUAGAGAAGUGUUUAUUUCACAUUUCCUAUUCUUAUUUUUUUACAUUAGACAAAAUGACAUUUAGCUUCUUUGAGGACCAGAACUAACCCUAUUUUCAGUAAAUCCCACUGUUGUCAUCAAAAUUUACACUUUGCACAAAGGUUGAGUCAGGGUACCAAAUUUAAAAUCAGCUUCCUCAUUCUGGACAGUGCUAGCACAACUCUAAACACAUCCAGUAGAGGGCAGUGUUUCACACCCACUUACCUACAAGACUAUGUAAAGUAAGAUAUACUACAAUCAAAUCUUAGAACUGGAAAGUGUUUAAGGCUCAAAUAGUCCAACCUCUUUAUUUUUCCAGGUGAUAUUGUAUAAAGGUUAAUAUUAAAUGUAAUAUUAUUAUACUGUAAGAGAUGACAGCUAUGAUGAUUACAGAGAAGCAUGAAAAGACAUACAUGAACUGAUGCAAAGUACAGUAAGGAGAGUCAAGAAAACAAAACUACAUAAUGAUUACAGCAAUGAAAAUGGGAAAAUAACCACAAGAGAAUUAAAAAUGAAUGUUGUAAAAUUACAAACAACAAGCUUCAAAGAAGAGAUAUAAGAAGAUACCUCCACUUCUUUUAAAGGGAGAGGGCAGGUCUAAAUGUGGAAUAUUGCAUAUAAUGUCAUAUUUUUUCAAUGUAUUGAUCAGUUUUGCGUCA